AUGGCUGACAAGGAAAGUCCACAACUCUCACAGGAUGACCUCCUGGCUCAAAUCGCCGAGCUUCAGGCGGAAGUACAAAGAAUAGUCGAGCUGUCUACACAGAACAAUGGAGAAAGCUCCAAAGGCUCGGCUCAAGGCGCUGCAGACCCUUUAAACAUCAUCCCGCCAAAGGAGAAGCUCACCCUCGACAACCCCUUCUCAGAGGAGAUCACAAAUUACCAUAUGCCAAAAAACUUUACGCUGCUCACCGCACUGGAGCCCUACAAGGGGUUCGACAACCCCCGAGCCCACGUGAAGAAGUUCCAAUCAAUGAUGUUCUUCAACGGCCCUAACAAUGAGCCCGUUCUCUGCCGAGCAUUCCCCACCUACCUCGAUGGUGCUGCGUUACUCUGGUUUUCUAAACUUUCUGCAGGUUCAAUUUCCUCCUUUGAGGAUCUCGCCAGAUCAUUCAUUGAUUAUUUUGCUGCAUCAAGAGUCUAUGUACAUGGAUCGGACUAUCUCGGCACUAUCAAACAGGGUCAGCACGAGAGCCUGAAGGACUACAUGACCAGAUUCGCUGACGCCACUAUGGAGAUCCAGGACUUAGACCCGGCCGUUCACCUGCACGCUCUCAAGGCCGGCCUCAGGCCCGGCAAAUUCCGGGAGACCAUUGCCAUAACAAAGCCAAAGACGCUAGAGGAAUUUCGAGAAAGGGCGGCAGGCCAAAUGGAGAUCGAAGAACUCCGAGAAGCCCAAAAAUUGGACAAACAACCACAUCAAAGAGACGAAGAAAGAACUUUCAUAUCGCCAGGCAGCAGAGACACUAAGAAACUCUCCAAGUCCAUGUCGAAAUACAACACAUACACCAGAUUCAAUACAAGAAGAGAAAACAUCAUCAAAGAAAUCCUCAACGCCAAAAUCAUAAAGCCACCAGCUCGAGCAGGGAACUACCAGGACCAAAAGUUCGUAGAUAGGACAAAGCAUUGUGCCUUCCACCGAAAGUUCGGUUACACCAUGAACGACUGCAUCGUCGCGAAGGACCUCCUGGAAAGGCUGGCACGCCAAGGGCUCUUGGACCAAUAUGUCGAGAGCCGGAAGGGCAGAAGAGGAAACUCGGACAGGGUUGAGAACAAGCAAGCAGUGGCCGAUGACAACAAAAAAGAGAGGACGACUCCUGAUCCACCAAGAGGAGUCAUUAGCCACAUAUCAGAGGCAUUCGCAGGUGGAUGUGAAACAAGCUCGGCCAAGAAGCGAAGCUACAGGACGAUGCUAGCAAUCAAAGGAACCAUACAACCAAAGAAGGACAAAGAUCCAGACGUCACAAUAUCCUUCAACCAAGCAGACUUCAGAUCGGCAAGCCCUAACCUCGACGACCCCGUGGUAAUCUCCAUCCAGGUCGAAGAACUGUUGGUAAGAAAAACGUUGUUGGACCCAGGUAGUAGCACUGAUGUUUUAUUUUAUUCUACCUUUAUAAAAAUGAAAUUAUCAGAAAAACUGAUACAACCCUCCUCGGGAGAGCUAAUUGGGUUCUCUGGAGAGAGAGUCCCCAUAAUGGGACACAUAUGGCUAAAGACCACAAUGGGAGAAAUCCCUAUGUCAAAAUCAAUUGAUAUUCAAUACCUAAUAGUAAACUGUUACAGCCCUUACAAUAUUAUAAUUGGGAGACCCGCCCUGAAUAUAUUCAGAGCAGUGGUGUCCACAUUACACCUGUGUGUCAAGUUUCCAGUGCAGGAAAACAAGAUAGCUACGCUGUACGCCGAUCAUCAAGAAGCUCGGCAGUGCUACAACGCUAGUCUAAAACUAGUCCAAACAAAACAAGAAGCUCAGCCUCAGGUUCAAGCAAUCCACACUUCUACCGACACAGCAACACUAGCUGACCUAGACCCAAGGGAAGAUUUUGGCGAAAGACCGGCCAAUGGACAACCUUCAACAAAUAACACUAACAGCAGAUGA